AUGCAAACUCUUAUGACUCAUGUAAAAAAACAGUUGAAUAAUGAUUCAUUGAAAACAAGUUUGGUAUCACCAUCAUUGAAUUCAAAUGUUGAACAUGGAUUUCGUCAAAUUCAAUUACCUGAAACAAAAAUGGGUAUUGGAUCAACAGAAGGUGAUUUAAUUGUUAUAGUGAAAAAAUGUUUGGAAAUUUUUGGUCUUGUCUUUUUCGUUUGGUUACUUGGAUAUUUUCAUUUCAAUGCAUCAUGGAUUUUAUUAAUCGUAUUUAUAUAUAUAUUUCGAAAAGAUGAACGUACUCAAUUUCUAUUAGGCCAUAAAAUGUUAGAAGAAAUAAAUAGAAAUGAAGAACAAUAUACUAAAGCAUGUUUAGAUGAAUUACCAUCAUGGGUAUUUUUUCCUGACGUAGAACGAGCAGAAUGGAUAAAUCGAAUAAUAAAACAAGUAUGGCCAUAUGCACAUCAAUAUAUUGAUCAAGCUAUUUUUCAUGAUAUACUUGUUCCGUUAAUUCGUGGAACAUCAUCAGCUUUAGCAGAUUUUUCAUUUCAAAAACUUGAUUUUGGAGAAAUUCCACCUAGAAUUGGAGGUAUUAAAGUUUAUACAAAUAAUCUUCAUGAUCAAAUUAUGAUGGAUAUUGAAGUUUUUUAUGCUGGUGAUGCAAUUAUUAAAACAAAGUUGAAAAGCAUUGUAUGUGGAAUUAAAGAUAUACAAUUUGUUGGUGAUAUUCGAAUUAUUUUAAGUCCUUUAAUUAAUACGAUUCCAUUAGUAGGUUCAGUAACAUAUUUUUUUCUUAGAAAACCUAGUAUUAAUUUUAAACUAACCGAUGCUGGAACAUUAGUUGAUUUACCUGGUCUUAAUGAUUUAUUACUUGUUCAAAUUAAUGAUAUAAUAGCAUCAAUGAUGGUUUUACCUAAUAGACAAGUUCUUUCACUUGUUGAUGAUAUACCAAUUAGAUAUGUAGGAUGGUCCAAUCCCCAGGGUGUUGUACGAGUCUUUAUUUUAAGAGCACAAGAUUUAAUCGAUGCAGAUAUUGGAGGAAAAAGCGACCCAUAUGUUAAUGUUAAAGUACCAGGUAAUAUUAAAUAUAGAACAAAAACAAUUAAUAAUACAACAAAUCCCGAAUGGAAUGAAGUAUUUGACUUUGUUGUUGAACAAUAUACAAAUGAUUCUAUUCAAUUUGAAGUAUAUGAUAAAGAUUCUCUUAAAGAUGAUUUUAUCGGACGAGCCCAAUUUCGUCUUAAUGCAUUGGUUGACAAUGAUGAUAUUAAUACUUGGUUAACAUUACAGGAUGUAAAAAAAGGUUCAUUAAAUAUUAGAUUACAAUAUUUUUCACUAACAAAGCAAAAAUCUGCUCUUGAAAUUAUGGAAAGAAAAAAUAUUGUAGCGAUAAAACGAGGAAAAUUAUCAAAAGCUUUACUUGUUUGUUUUAUUGAUCAAUGUUUUAAUCUUCCUCGAUCAAAAAGAAUGCGUCGAGAACCAAAUCCAUUCAGUCGAGUUACAGUUGAAGGUACUGAAGAUAAAACUCAAACAUUUGAAAAUCGUACAAAUCCACAAUUUCAACAUCUAUCACAAAUUUUAUGUGCAAAUCCACUUCAUGAAAAAUUAAGAAUUGAUGUAUGUGAUGCACGAAGUAAUAAUGAAGUAAUUGCAUAUUUUGAAAUGCCAAUUAAACAAAUUUAUGAUACCGAUACAAUGACUAUUGAUAAUCAAUCAUUUUCACUGAAAAUUUUAUCUGAAUCAUUAGAAAAAACAUCAAUUAUUCUUCGUUUGUCACUUUUUAUUUUAUCUCCUGGUCAUUCAACUGACAGUCAUUUAAGUUCAUCACCAGAAAUACCGUCUGCUACGUCAUCAACAUCAAUAACAGAUACUAAUCCAAAUAAUAUGCAAGAUUCAUUAACUCGAACAUCACUGGAAGAAGAUAAUGUAUCGAAACGAAUUACAUCUGGUCUUCAAUUACAUUCAUCAACUAUUCAUCAUCCCACAUUGGAAAGUCGUAUAAAAGCUGACAGAAAAAGUCUUAUUAUCGCUAAUGAUCCUGACUUGAGAUCAACAAAUUUUGGCAUUGUAAAAAUUGGUAUUCGUUAUUUUACUCGUCGUUCAGCAUUAUCUGUUACUGUACAUGCGUGCAAAGGACUUAUGAAUGUUCAUCGACAGAAUUUGCCAGUUCCAUAUGUGCGUCUUUAUUUAAUGCCUGAUUUCAAAAAGGAAAAAAAGAAAACAAAAUCUAUUCAUGAUACGCUUAAUCCAACCUAUAAUGAUUUAUUUGAAUGGCAAGCGUCAUUAGUUGUUAUACGUCAACAACGUCUUUGUUUGAUUGUUAGAAAUAAUUCACCUUUAUUUGCAAAAGAGCAAACAUAUAUGGGUGAUCUUCAAAUUGAUUUAUCAAAUCUGGAACCAGAAAAACAAAGUAUUGCUUGGUAUGCAUUACAAGAGCCAAAUACAAGCAGUGGUGGCAUUAUAAAAAUUAAAUAUGAUACAUUAGAAUCAAAUGAAUAA